UUCAGUGUUCAGGAGUUAGCGUUCAGCAUUUUAGCGUUUUCAAAUCUUCAGCAAUUCUGGGGUGAGAGAUUUCUGCCCCCGCUAUGCCAAUUUCCAGAAGGCUGGUGCAGGCCUCUGAAGAACGUGAAGAGGCUUCCAGCAGCCAGCCUGAAGAGAGGAAAUGUUCGGAGGUUUUGCAAGUAGCCGAGCAACUGAAACUACUCCCGGUUUUGCUGCUGUACAGCCCGGAAGGGAAGGCAAAGACCCGGAGCCGGGCCCCUUGCUGAGCUGAGCUGGCGGGUAGUUCGGCUGCUGCAGCUGCUGUUUUUCGUGUCGCUUGUCUGUGCUGCACUGGGGCAUCUCGGCAGCUCCGGUGCAGACUACAUCUCAAGGUUACAUGUAAUCUACUAGGCCACCUCUGCUGGAAGGUCACAUUGAAAAAUACUCUGAGAAAACGGUUUUCCUGUGGGCCCUACAGUGCUACAGCUGCAUAGGGUGGGGAGAAGCUGGAAAUGAUGAACGAGUUACCAGUGGAUGUGUCUGUCCUGAGCUGGGGUGGCUUUCUUCUCCUCACCUGCCCCAGCUUCCUGGCCCAGCUGCUGCUUCUGGCUCAGGGCCCACCCCAGCCACCCACAGAUAUCACUACGGGGAGGAGUCUGAGAAGCCCUCCUGGUUGGGGCCUCUUCAGCAGUCUUGCCUGCCUUUCUCCUGUGCACCUCCCUGGCAGGGGGUUGCCCCUCCCAAAGACUGAGGACUUCAUUCCAGAUUUCAGCAGCUCCUGAGAUUUUCCCACUUGUACCCUGAUCCUGCACUGAGUACCUUCCCUCCUCCAUGAGGCUUGGGAAAGACACCAGGCAGACCUGCUCUCCAGGCUCAGCUGCCCCCACCCCCCACAGUCCCACAGGCCUUCCAACUGUACCAGGCCAAGAAAGGCAACUCCUAAUACCUACUUGCAACAGCUACUUUGGUGUGUUUUCCCAUCUGUGAAAUGGAUAUGUAUAACCAUUAGCAGUAUGUUUUGGAGUGUCAAGAUGCAGACCACAGAGGCAGAGAACAAGUCAUACCAGAAACUACUUUUGUACAUUUUUGUACAAGAACCACUUUGGAAUUGAGUCUAUUAUCUCCAAUUGGUUUUCAUAAAGGGGAGACCACAUCAGUGCUACAUCAGUUGAAGCUGAAGACUUGCAGGAGAAAGAGCCCUCUUCACGGCACAACUGUCCUGCAGGCUCAAUGGGUUUUUCCUCUUACUGCUAUACCUUGCACAGGCAAGAAGUAACUUGGAUGGAAGCAGAAAUAUACUGUCAGACUCAACAUUUAGGACACCUCACGUCUGUGCUCAGUGGAACUGAGGCAUCCUUUGUGGCCACUAUGAUUAAGACCAGUGGGAUUAGAAAACCUUACAUCUGGAUUGGGCUUCAUGAUCCCACAGAGGGUCAGCAACCCAAUAGAGGUGGAUGGAGGUGGAUUAACAAUGAUGUGCUGCAUUACCAUGCCUGGGAGGCAAAUCCCCCCCCAUGUGCAUAUAAUGGCUAUUGUGCCACUGUCUCAGAAAACACAGGUUAUCAGCAAUGGAAAGAUUAUGCUUGUAAUCAGAAGUUACCCUUUGUUUGCCGGUUCAAGGCCUAGGUUGGUGCAAAGUCAAGUGACUGAGCCUGAUAUGCAGCUCUUGAUGGACAUGGAACCAUGUUUGAAGGCCUUCCCUGGAGGGAAUAUUCUCCUCACACUUAAACCUGACCUUGUCAUUCUGAACUUCCAUCCUUCCGGCUUCAAUUCAGGCUUUUUUUUUUUUCCACU